AUGAAGACUUCAAUUUUCCUCGCGCUUGCGUACAUCGCCGCGAGUGUCUGGGCCGGAGGAUAUCAGGGAUGUCUUGAGCGGGUGUUGUUCUUUUACGCCUACCAAAUCGACGGGCUGAACGACCCCGUGGACCAAACCCUGGGCUUCCGGUGCAAGAAAUGGGACGACAAAACCGGAUGCGUGAACAAUGAGUGGGUAGCGUGCAGAGGCAAAGGCGGCGGUAGAUGCAACUUCAAUGAACUCAUGGCCUCCCUCGGGAAAUCACGUCCCACUGACAAACUGGUCGGCCCUCCCACGGCAGAUCAGAGCACGGCAAGGCCGGAUAUCCAAGAGACGGCUAAAACACUCUACACGCACUACACGACCCCUCCCAACAAGAGAGUGACCAACUUCCCGCCCUACAAGGCCAUGAAGGGUGCAAGCGGCGAUUUUAACGCCUACACUUUGAAACUCGGCGAAUUGGUCAACAAUAUGCGCCACAGGACCGACGCAAACAAGUACAUGUGGGAAGGUUUUGAUAAAACUCUGGAGCAAAUCAACAUCGCGCGGGCAGGCGACCACGGUCCAUUUCUCAUCGAAGCGGCCAAAAGGAAGUUGGGAACGCCCAACAAUAUGGAUAUCAAGUUGAUGAAUUUGGGCGACAACCCCAUUUCGAAUCCCACAACGCAGUGGGAGACCGUCGACUGGAAGGCCACUGCUGAGGCGGCCAAGACCAAAGGCAUCGAGAAUGUCGACAAACUUAUCAGAGACUUUCGCACUAACUGGUAU